UCUGUCUCUCUCUGCUUAAAAUGAGUAAAGCAGCCGUGUUACUGGGGCACAACGUUUGAAUGAGUGAUGUGAUGUAUUGAAUAGUUUUGCAUUUUUUGUCAACCGAACUUGCUGGAUGUGGCAGCUAGCGGCAUUAGCUGACUGAUUUGCCAUCAUUGAAAGCGCGAGCUGCAAGUCCACAAGCUCAUCAUAUCCCACACCUACUCAACAUACUCAACCGGCAGGUUAAACUCAGCUGUUUGUCACCAUGGACUCACAGAUGAAGCAAAGAGUCUUCACCGGAGUGGUGACUCAGUUGCAGGACAACUAUGGCAUGGUAGACCAGGACGUGCACUUCCAAAUGAGUGACGUUAUUGGGAGAUAUCCCCAGGUUGGGGAGAAAGUACUGGUGAAAGCCAUCAAAGACUCAGCCCAGGCUCUCAACUGGACUGCUCAGACUGUUCAAACCCUCAACGGCCAGCCAUUCAAGUCACCUCCUCCUCUACUGCCUUCACUGUCAUCAAAUCAGAAACCCGGCAUCCUGGGCAGACCCCCGCACCCGCACCCACACCAACACCCGCAGCCCCUCCUAAAGUCCCCCAAGAUCCCGCCCCUCAUCCCCAACAUGCAAAACCCAGGCAAGGGCCUGCUGCAGAUGCCGCCCCAUCACCUGCAGCCGCCGUGGGGGGCUCCGUACGAGGGCUGGGGGGGCGGAGCAAGCUCCCGCAAGAGGCACAGCGAGGGGGGAGGAGCCGCACGCAGGGGAGGCCGCUGGGAGGACGGAGGGCCGUGGGGAGGGGAUGGCAUCCACCAGAAGCGGAGGCGGUGGAAGGAUGACGAGGGGCCGCGGAAGACCUCCACGCCGCCCCAGCAGAGCUGCCCCCUCUUCUCCUGCUUCCCACGUGACAGCGUGAGUUGUGAGGGCCUGGAGGUGAGGCGCCGCUACCCCCACCUCCCACUGCCCCCGUCCCUGCUCCACCUGCAGCUGAGCUGGACCGAGAGCUUCCCUCCCGAUCGGCCCCUGGCCCUCAGUGGCCCCUGCGUGUUCCGGGCGGGGACCCCGCAGACGGCAGAGCAGGAGCCGGUGGAGGACGAGCCAGAGGUGCAGGACUCAGAGUACAGUGUCAAGGUGAUUUUGCCUUCUAUGCCAAGUAUGGAGGAGCUUUACAGCAAGUGUUGUCUGCUGGACCAGAAGCCAGAAGAUCAGGGAUCAAAGAAAAUCGCCGUGCACCCCAGCACCCUCAUCAAGUUCCUGCUGCUGGAGUCCAAGGGGAACCUGCAGAUGGUGGGGGGCUACUGGUCGGCAGCGGAGGACGGGGCGAGCCCAGCCAAGGACCCCACCAGCCUCAUCCGCACCGCCAUGCGCUGCACACUGCAGCAGACCGGCCUGGACCUCAUGCCCUGCACACAGUGGUACAAGAUGGCGGAGAUGCGGUAUCUGACAGAGCUCCGAGUGGAGACGGUGGUCUUCAUGAUGCCAGAUGUGUGGAACCUGCCCCAGAUCGAGAACGAGGACCUGCCGCCCAAAGAGGAGGAACCGGAGGAGGGAGAGGAGCCUGCCCCCAUUCCCCCUGUACCUACAGGCCUGGAGGUUACGCCUCUCCCUGGGUCCACUCUGCCCGUCCUCUCCCUAGCCUCACUCCUGGAGCCCCAGACCUCCAAGACGACGCAAGAGGCCUUUGAGGUGGGUCUGAUGGCAGAGCUGUUCUGCGAGAUGCUCCAGAGGGACUUUGGGCUGCAGCUGUACCGCUGCCUCAGCUGUCUGCCUCUGCUGCCCGCUGCCUCCAAGGCCCAGGACGGCGCCGCAGAGGCCGCCGACAACGCAGCCGCCACCGCCGCCGCCACCGCCGCCAAGGAGGAGCCCAAGAAAGGCAAGCGAAGGGCCGCCAAGGAGGGCAAGAAGAAAAAGGGCUCGGAGGAGCCGAAGGAAGACAACACAGAGGUGAAGAAAGAGGCGGAGGAGGUCGAGGGGGAUGGUGAGGAGGAGAAGGCAAAGCCAGAGGAGACGGGGAGCGUGGAGGAGGACACCAAGAGCAGUGAGAACGCUGAGGGACUGGUAGAGGAAGAGAAGACGGCGGAUUCAGCAGGAAACCACACCGCCAAGGAGAAUGAUCGUCCUUGGGGCUGGAGCCCGGUGCUGCCCCGCAGCGUGCUGCUCUCCUGGGUCUUCUUCGACCGCAAGCUGGACGGGAGCCUCCGCGAGGCCGACCUCCAGAACAUCCUCAUGUCCCUCGGACUCUACCUCACUCCUGGACAGGCAAUGGAGUUGGUGAAGAAGAGCUCGUUGAGCAACCUGUGUCAGUACCGCAAGCUGUGCGCACAGUGGGAUGACUCUGAGCUGCCGUCUGACGUCAGUCUACAAGGGAACCAGGCCCUGCUGCCAGGCCCGGCGGCCACGGCUAAGAGCUCCAGCCGGCGGUCGGGAGCCAAGGGAGGCGGCGGGGCGGCUGCGGAGAUGGUGAGCUACAAGGGCGUCCAGCUCAACAUCCCCAGCCUGCUGUUGGCCCUGGAGAAGGCCACGCAGCUGCAACGCGCCCUGGAGACGCACGUGGGCGUCCUGCAGACCAAACUAGUGGAGGUGCAGCUGGGUAAGGAGUCUCAGGAGGAGGCGGCGCAGGGCAGCGAGGAGCUGAAGAGGCGCGCGGAGCAGGCCGAGAAACUCAACAAGCAAUACGAGCGGAGCCUGAAGGAGAACGCCGGACACAUGCUCACCGUCAUCGAGAAGAUGCAGAAGAUGGUGGACCAGACAACCAGCCUGACUGACUCCAAGAAGGCAUGACCAAUACGGCUGCACUGGACUGGGGAGGGGUGGGUUAGAGUGUAGUGGGGGGAAAUGCACUCCUGGGUGACCUGCACUAAGUUUUACAAGGAAAAACGAAGGAAGACGAAGACUAUCUCGGUGGAAUUUAUUUGACUGUGUAGUAUGUUACGGCAACAGUGUGACUGUAUGUGUGUAUGAGUGUAUGUAGACUGUCAAAAACCAUGACGACACAUUUCUAUUCCUUUCCCUUUGCCAUCACAGACCCAGUGUGGGUGACAAAAAAACUGUAUGUGUAAUUGUGUGGAAUACUUGUCCAAGACCUAUUUUUUAGCUGUAAAUAAUGAUGAUGGAUUUUGUUUUUAUAACGAGCGUCAUAACUUAAAAAAGUAAAUACUUUUUCCCUGGUUGUGUUAAGUGUGCAAAAGAUAAUCCUCAGUGAAUUUCGUAGAACACUAUUUGAAAUUAUUAAACAUCCUUUGUCAAGA